UAUUUUUUUAUUACUUGAAAUUUGUGCGUUUGGUUCAUCAAAAAAAAAAAAGAUAUUGAAUCAUGACCAACUCCAAGGGUUAUCGUCGUGGUACCAGAGAUCUUUUCUCUCGUAAAUUUCGCAAUCAUGGAACAAUUCCAUUGUCAACGUACAUGAAAGUGUACAAAGUUGGUGAUAUUGUAGAUAUCAAGGGUAAUGGUGCUGUUCAAAAAGGCAUGCCAUACAAGGUAUACCAUGGAAAGACUGGCAGAGUAUUCAAUGUCACUGCUCAUGCACUUGGUGUCAUUGUUAAUAAACGUGUACGUGGUAAUAUUAUUGCCAAACGCAUUAAUGUUCGUAUUGAACAUGUAACCCACUCAAAAUGUCGUGAAGAUUUUUUGAAAAGAGUUAAGCAAAAUGAAAAAUUAAGAAAAGAAGCUAAAGAAAAAAAAAUUGUUGUGCAACUUAAGAGACAACCAGCACAACCAUCAAAAGCUCACAUUGUUUCUGGACGUGAUGCACCAAUUGUUCUUGCUCCAAUUCCAUAUGAAUUUAUUGCUUAAUUUUAUCAUUGAAAUCAAUAAAAUAACAACAAAACUAAAAAAUUAAAAAAGUCCAAAA